AUGGCAGCACCCUCUCGACUCGAACGAAUAACCCGCCAAGCAGUCCUCCUCUUCCUACUACAUUUGUGCCUCUGCCAGGCCUAUCCACAAAUGAAUAUGAUCAUCCGGGUACCGCAGAGUGAGGGAUCCAAAGAAGCAUUACUGGGACGAAUUGAGCACGAGAUGGAGCGACGACAAAUGUAUGAAGAGCUCCGGGUCCUAAAGGAAAACCUCGGCUCCGAGGAGAUGCAGCAACGCAUCCGGAAAACAAAACGGAAUAAGCGAGUGAUGGAGGAAUUUGACCCGCGCAAACAGCAGGAGGAGUCGGCGAAGAGAUUUGGAAGGAUCGGCGGGUCAAUUAUUAUGGGAAAGCGGAGA